CUGAUACGAAGCAGAUAACUUUAGCAGUUCAUUUCUCUGCCUGAGAUUCAGGGAGUGUGGUGACAACAGAGGUCCAAUACAAUAGUGUGACUGCCGUUCUAUAGCUGUCGCACAGAGCUCUGGUAUCAAGCUCAAACAGAGAAACUAGAUGUUUGUAAUCCAGUCAUUUUCAAAGCAGGGAGCUUAAGAAAUUUUGUCUAUGUAAAUUCUAGGAGGGCACAAAUGUGAUCCACUGUGGAGAGAAGCAGAAUAUCAUUUUUAUGUCUCUUUGAUGCAGUCUGCUGACAAGAGCUGGUUGACGACUCUGAUGCUAACCUAUUUGCUGACUGAAUGGAAGGAAGCAGGGCAAAUGGAAGAAGCGCAUCUCCCUGGCACUGUAUUUUGUAGUACAAUGAAAAGUUUAUAAAGCACAAAUGCCACAAAUGGCAGCAGCAGCACUCUCUCAAAGAGAACCACUAUCAGCACCUGUGAGGAACAUGUAAUCAGAUGCCCAAUCAUGGGAUGUGGCACUUCUGUUACAAAUAGCCGGGUUAAAAAAUCAGAGAGAGCUAUUAAAGCAGCUAUUCUCAUUCAGAGGUGGUAUCGGUCUUAUGUGGCCCGGCUGGAGAUGAGGCGGCGAUAUGCUUUGAGUAUUUUUCAAUCCAUUGAAUAUGCAGAAGAGCAAGCUCAGAUGCAGCUUUCCAGCUUUUUCACAUUUAUGCUGGACCGUUUCACUCAUCCCAAUGUGCCUGAUCCAGCUGAAGAAAAAUGCAAAAGCACGAACUCACACUCCUCCAGUACCACUGAUAACAAUAUAUCUGAUUCAGAUAUUAUGGGAGAAUAUGAAAGGACAAUAGAAAUACCCGACUCCUACUAUGGACCUCAUCUCUGUUUCCCACUCACUGUUGCUGACACUAAUGCACUUAUUCAGGCUUUCAAGUAUCGACAGCAACUUCAUGCUCGAUAUGUUCUUCAGCUGCUGCAUGAGACCAGGAAAGUUCUUCAGCAGAUGCCAAACAUCACUCACCUGACAACCUCCUAUGUCAAGGAAAUAACAAUCUGUGGUGAUUUGCAUGGGAAACUGGAUGAUCUGUUGCUGAUAUUCUACAAAAAUGGCCUUCCUUCAGAAGAAAAUCCCUACAUUUUCAAUGGUGACUUUGUUGACCGAGGGAAAAAUUCUGUAGAAAUAUUUAUCAUCCUGUUUGCAUUUCUUGUUGUCUAUCCCAAUCAUUUUCAUUUGAACAGAGGAAACCAUGAAGACCACAUGAUGAAUCUUAGAUAUGGUUUCACAAAAGAAGUUAUGACCAAGUACCGGUCCCAUGGCAAAAAAAUUUUGCGGCUUCUUCAAGAUGUUUUCAGCUGGCUUCCACUUGCAACUAUAGUUGACAGUAAAAUUCUUAUCGUACAUGGUGGGAUCUCAGACACCACUGAUUUGAAUUUUCUGAACUUGUUUCAGAGAAACAAGCUGAAAACUCUGAUGAAGUCAAAAACAGAGAAAAAUCGUGAACCAGAGGGACCUAGUGUGAUAGAAGACUGUAACACCCUCAAAGAAGUCAAGAAAUGCCUUUCUAGGCAGGACAUCACAAAGUCUUCCUCAGCAUCUAGUGAGAGAAAACAAAGCUCCAAAGAUGUGACUGAUGCCAAGCAGCAUGUUGACCUUUCUGGCAGAACUAGUUCUGUGGAAGUGCAAGAUCUUCGGUCCAGUGUUAGCACAUCUCCAGAGUCAACAACUGAAGAAUGGAAGCAAGUGGUAGAUAUUCUCUGGAGUGAUCCUAAACACCAAAAUGGCUGCACACCAAACAAAAAUCGAGGAGGAGGUUGCUACUUUGGACCAGAUGUUACUACCAGGUUGCUCAAACGAUAUAAUUUGAAGAUGCUCAUCAGGUCACAUGAAUGCAAACAAGAAGGCUAUGAGAUCAGCCAUAAUGGAAAGGUUAUCACAAUUUUUUCUGCCUCUAACUACUAUGAGGAAGGAAGUAACCGUGGGGCUUACAUCAAACUGAAUCCAGAUCUAAUCCCCCGUUUUUUUCAAUAUCAAGUCAACCAAGGUACACGAAAAAAGACUAUUCGUCAGAGGGUGAGUACAGUUGAGCUGUCUGCUUUAAAGAGUUUACGAGAGAAACUUUACGCACACAAAUCAGAACUCAUUGCGGCUUUUAGGCAGCAUGAUCCAAAUGAUACAGGGAAGAUUUCUCCCAGUCAGUGGGCAUUAGUCAUGGAGUCUGUGCUGCACCUUGACCUUCCCUGGAGAACGCUUCGUUCUCGGCUGGUUCAUCUGACUCAAGAUGGAAGAGUGGAAUACCUUUCAUCUUUUGAUGCUUUAGAAGUUGAACUACCUAUCAAAGAGGUUCAGCCAUCUCUGGUGGAAACCCUGUGUAGAUACAAAGCUGAUUUGGAGAUCAUCUUUAACAUGAUUGACAAAGAUCACUCAGGUCUUAUCUCGAUUGAUGAAUUCCGCCAGACAUGGAAACUCUUCAACCUACACCUGAAAGUUGACGCAGAUGAUGAAUCUAUUGAUAGCUUAGCCCGAAGCAUUGAUUUUAAUAAAGAUGGCAACAUUGACUUCAAUGAAUUUCUAGAAGCCUUUCAUGUGGUUCAUAAAUUUGAGAGCAGAAACUGCAAGUAAAGAAGCAAAAUGCACUUCUGGAAAGAUGACAAAGAGCUUCUCUGAUGUCUCAUCGUGUAAGGAAAUUUCGUAGCAAAAAGACUGCCUUCUUAAUAUUGAAAUGGUGGAAUGAACAACUUGAAAAGAGGAUUUCUGGUAAAGGCAGUACCUGAUAAUCUGUCAAAAGCUGCAGCAGAAUACCAAGAAAGUGAAACUAAAAGUGGACAGAUGGACCACUAUAGUCUUUUGGAAAGGUACAUUCUCAACAAUGACCUUAGCAGUGCCAUAUUUGUCAGAUCUUGAAAGCUAAGCAGGGUCACCCCUGGCUAGAGGAGACCACCAAGGAGAGGCAAGCAAUGGCAAACCACCUCUCUCAUCUUUUGCCUCAAAAACUCUACUGGGUCACCUUAAAUCAGCUGUGACUUGAUGGCACUUUCCACUAUCACCAUUUCCUCUUCAUGCUGUUUGCUGGAUGUUAAUUUUCUUACCCAGGCAUACAUCGGUGUAGGAGGAAAAGUAUGAGUGCCAUCACAUGAGAAGAACAGCAUCCAUCUUCUUAGUACUGAAUGCCCUGCAGAGCUCCACAUAGCAAAAUAGAUAUUUAUACAAUCUGCAUCUAUCCUAAUGCAUUUCCAUAUAUGUUGGAUUUUUUCCCCCUUCACUAACGUAUAGGGAAAAGCCAAGUGUGAAAAAGAUUUAUAUUCACCAGUACAAUUUAUAUUCACCAGUACAAUUUAGGCAGAACCCAGAUGACAUAGGUACUAUGGCAACCUUAUAGAGAAGCAGAAAAAGUCCUUGCAGGUUGUAGCUAUAUAAUAUGAUGUAGAAAGGCAAGAUGGAACUCUGAGGGGGCAGAGAAGCAUACUGCCUGUUCUGUCAGAGUUGUUCAAAAUAAUGAGGCUGGGAGAAGCUGUAUGUAUAUGGGAGAGCUACAAUGGACUUAGUCAUACUAUCAAGGACCACUUUUCUGUAUGCUAACUUUACCCAGGUACCCAACAAUGUUGAAAUGCAUGAAAUACAUGAUAUUUGGGGAUCCUUCCUCAACCAAGCAUGUCCAGAUAUUUAGUAACUUUCAUAAGAAACAAGUUUGUUGAAGAAUAUUACUAAUGGUAGCAUUUUUCAUAAUAAAAGAUUAACCAUGA